CGGAGACAAAGGGAGAAGAAGGACCAAAUAAUCAUUUACUGAAUAUUUAACCUCAUAUUUAUCAAGCUUUUUGAAAAUGGUAAACUCUGGAAGUCUGUUUGCGCUGGUCGCUGUCGCCCUGCUGGCUGUGAGUGUGUCUGCAUCAAAUGAAAAGCUGGCUACCUGCUGCACCAAAGUCACCAAUAAGGAGAUUAAGGAACCAAUCAUGGGAUACUUGGUCCAGAGAGCAAGGCAUCCAUGUGUCAAUGCAGUCAUCUUCCAGACACAGUCCGGUCUUUUCUGCUCCUAUGUGAGAGCUCCCUGGGUUCUUCGCAAGAUUGUUGAAUUCGAGAGAGCAAAAGCCCGGUCCACCAUCCCAUCUGCGGUCUCUACAUCUCCAACCUCCCUCCUCUCCAUCAUAACAUCCACCACCUCUCCUCCAUCACCCUCCACUGCUCUGCCUUCCUCCUCAUCUACCUCCAACACGUCCCCUGCUGAGACCUUUUCAGAGAGCAGGGAUGAGCGGGCCUCCCUCUGGUUAAAUCCUGCCUCUCCUCUCUCCUCCCCUUCAUAUCUGCCAUCAUUAAUUCUUCGAUUACCACUGGAAUUGUUCCCACUCUCUUCUGAACUGCAGCUGUCACCUCAACAUUUGUCAGUUCAUCAAGCUCUGCAGAGACGAAGGUUUACUGCAUAUUUAACCUCAUAUUUAUCAAGCUUUUUGAAAAUGGUAAACUCUGGAAGUCUGUUUGCGCUGGUCGCUGUUGUUCUGGUGGCUGUGACUGUGUCUGGAUCAGAAAUAAAGCCGGCAAGUUGCUGCACCAAAGUCACCAAUAAGGAGAUUAAGGAACCAAUCUUGGGAUACUUGGUCCAGAGAGCAAGGCAUCCAUGUGUCAAUGCAGUCAUCUUCCAGACACAGUCCGGUCUUUUCUGCUCCUAUGUGAGAGCUCCCUGGGUUCUUCCCAAGAUUGCUGAAUUCGAGAAAGCAAAAGCCCGGUCCACCAUCCCAUCUGCGGUCUCUACAUCUCCAACCUCCCUCCUGUCCAUCAUAACGUCCACCACCUCUCCUCCAUCACCCUCCACUGCUCUGCCUUCCUCCUCAUCUACCUCCAACACGUCCCCUGCUGGGACCUUGUCAGAGAGGCGGGAUGAGCGGGCCUCCGUCUGAUGAAGAAAACACCUCUGAACAUUUGUUCAAAUGUUAUACCGUUAUUGGAGAACACCUGAUGAACAUACUUAGGUUAAAUUAUUAUGAUUAAUUUUUAGUUUCUUUCAAUUCAUUUAAACGUGGAACUAUUUAUUAGUUGAAUUUAAUUGACCUGUGCUGUUACAGUAGGAUAAAUAUUUAUUGUCAUGUUUAUUUAUCAGCAUUUACUGUACAACAUUUUGUUUGAUAUAGUUCACUAGUUAAUUUAAUUGUCUUGAUGUCUUUCGAUAUAUAUUUAUUGGAAAUCCUGUCACAACUUCUUCUGAGGAGAAAUGAUGCAGCCACGAUGUUCAGAAAUAAAGGGUUUAAAUACCGUCUUA